UUCCGUCCACUUUAUGACAGAGCACGGAGCGUCACGAGCGCCUUCUCUGCCUGCCUGCACGAGAGAGACAGACAGCACCGUCCCUGCACACAGUUAGGCCCGGAAAAGAUCCAGAACCAUGUCCAUCCUCAAGAUUCACGCUCGUGAGAUUUUUGACUCCCGUGGCAACCCCACUGUGGAGGUCGAUCUGUACACCAAGAAAGGUCUUUUCAGAGCUGCAGUGCCCAGCGGUGCCUCCACCGGCAUCUACGAGGCCCUGGAGCUCCGUGACAAUGACAAGACCCGCUACAUGGGCAAAGGAGUCAAAAGAGCAGUUAAAUAUGUAAAUGAGUUCUUGGCCCCUGCCUUGUGUAACCAGGAUGUGAACGUUAAAGACCAGGAGAAGAUCGACCAGCUGAUGCUGGACAUGGACGGCACAGAAAACAAGUCUAAGUUUGGUGCUAACGCCAUCCUGGGCGUCUCCCUGGCUGUGUGCAAGGCUGGUGCAGCAGAGAAGGGCGUUCCCCUCUACCGCCACAUCGCUGACCUGGCUGGAAACCCUGAAGUCAUCCUCCCUGUCCCUGCUUUCAACGUCAUCAACGGCGGCUCCCACGCAGGCAACAAGCUGGCCAUGCAGGAGUUCAUGAUCCUGCCUGUGGGAGCCAGCAGCUUCAAGGAGGCCAUGCGCAUCGGUGCCGAGGUCUACCACAACCUGAAGAAUGUCAUCAAGGAGAAAUAUGGCAAGGACGCCACUAACGUAGGAGACGAGGGAGGCUUCGCCCCCAACAUCCUGGAGAACAAGGAAGCUCUGGAGCUGCUGAAGAACGCCAUCGCCAAGGCCGGCUACACCGACAAGAUCGUGAUUGGCAUGGACGUGGCUGCCUCUGAGUUUUACAAGGGCGGCAAGUACGACCUGGACUUCAAGUCCCCCGACGACCCCAGCCGCUACAUCUCCCCCGACAAGCUGGCUGACCUCUACAGGAGCUUUGUCAAAGAUUACCCUGUGGUGUCCAUUGAGGACCCCUUUGACCAGGAUGACUGGGAGGCGUGGAGCAAAUUCACAGCCAGCACCAGCAUCCAGGUGGUGGGCGAUGACCUCACAGUCACCAACCCCAAACGCAUUGCCAAGGGUGUGGCUGAGAAGUCCUGCAACUGCCUGCUGCUCAAAGUCAACCAGAUCGGCUCCGUCACAGAGUCCCUGCAGGCCUGCAAGAUGGCCCAGAGCAACGGCUGGGGCGUGAUGGUCAGCCAUCGCUCUGGAGAGACGGAGGACACCUUCAUCGCUGACCUGGUGGUCGGUCUCUGCACUGGACAGAUCAAGACUGGUGCACCUUGCCGGUCUGAGCGCUUGGCCAAGUACAACCAGCUGCUCAGGAUUGAAGAGGAGCUCGGCGACAAGGCCCGUUUUGCCGGCCAGAACUUCAGACACCCCAUCUGAGCUGGUCCACCUCCAUGGGCCUCUGUGUGUUCAACUGCUCAUAAAUACUCCCCACUAAUAUACGCCACUUUAGGUUGCCUGCCCUGUCCGGAGAGAAGAGGGAGAGAUUACUUGCUGACAUCCAAGGUCCAAGUCUGGUCUGUGGCCGUGGAGAAGCCAUUCAGUACAACCACAGCUCAGCUCAUCCUCAAAACUGUGCUUUAGCUCCUGAAUAGUGUCGGUCCCAGUGUUUGUUUCUGUGUAACUGUGUGAGAGCUUUUCGUUCAGCUUCUUGUGAGUUGUAGUGAUUUUUGGUGCUCUUGAGCUACUGUAACUGUAGUACGGCUCUGCCUCGAGCAGUGGUAACAGUACUGUGUGUGCGCCCAAUUUGUCGCAUCUGACAUGGUCUUGUGUUGCUGUAAGCGUUGGCAGAAAUAUGUAAUAAACAACAUAGUUUAAAACA